AUGAUUCUAUCGACGUCCCAAUUCCCAUAUACUCGCUCAUCACUGGUAGUAUCAGUCCUUGGCAAUCGUCCAACAAUCAUACAAAAGAUUUUUACGAUUUAUAGAGAGUCUCCAGAUCUGAAGAUCUGCACUGGUAAGAACGCCUGUUGUACAAAACAAAUUGAAGAUGAAAUUCUCGAGAGUUCCGAGAAGAACUUCAAAGCUCAACUGGAAGAUAAACUUCUUGUACUACGACAUAUGAUCAAUUCACAUCUGAACGGUUUUAGAACAUUCUUCUACAAUUCACUUAAUGCCUGUCAUGAACACUUGGAUACACUAUUCGAUCGUACUUAUGGAGCAUUCUAUCAGAGCAAUUCUCAGAUCUUCGAUACGUUUUUCAAUCGUCUACGGGCUUUCUCUUCACCGUUUUCCGAUGCCAAAGUAUCACAAAUUACUGGUCAACUAUUUGAGGAAAUGUUCGUCAUCAUGUUUCAACUGAUGAAUCCUUUGCAUACGGUGUCGGCGAGUCAGCGUCGUUGUAUGAUUGAAGGCAUGGAAGAAAUCGCGCCAUUUGGCGAUGUACCAAAAAAGAUCACCGUACAUAUGGAGAAAUCGUUGACGUUUUGGAAGCAUUUCGUCACGGGCCUCGACAAAGUACACAAUAUUUUUGAUGGCUUUUUGAAUGUGAGCCAUUUUCGUUCUAGACAGAUUUUUUGA